GUCAGGGAGAGCUCAAAGCGCACAGGAUUUGACAGAUGUUCGAAUCGGACAAACUGCACCGCAAAGAGAGAAUUGGGGAGCAUUUCGGAUUUACAUAGUGGUAGCCUAUAUGCGACAAAAUGUCUGGACAAAAGAGUGCGAAUCCGUGUAAUAAAUUCCAAGCGAACAUUUUUUAUAAAAGUAAAUGUCAGAACUGCUUCAAGUCUCGGGAGCUGCAUCUUCCAACUGAUCAUGGUAAGGACCAGGCCAAACCCAUCUAUGGAGGCUGGCUCUGCUUGGCUGCUGAGGGGACAGACUUUGACAAUCCAAUUCAGAGGUCAAGGAAAUGGCAGCGACGAUUCUUCAUCCUGUAUGAACAUGGCAGCAUGAGCUUUGCACUGGACGAGUUGAAAAGCACUCUGCCACAAGGAACAGUGAACAUGAAUCUGUGUACAGCGGUGAUUGACGCAGAGCCUAAGACAGGCCAGAGGAACGCUUUGUGCAUCAUCACACCUGAACAGGAGUUCUUUAUUCGGGGGGAGAACAAGGAGAUCAUCAAUGGCUGGAGUGAACAACUAGUCGUUUACCCACGGACCUAUAAGCAGAAUCAGAAGAAGAAACGUAAAGUAGAACCCACUACUUCCCAGGAGCCCAGCCCAGCAAAGAUGGCUGCCACUGAGCCCAGUUUCUCAGUCAUGAAAAGUGGUGACCCUCGCCUGUGGCAGGGAGAGCGGCCCAGUGGGGGUCCGGAUGUGGCCCCUGUCUGGACUGUGACAGAUACUGAUCCCCUGGGCCUGGACGAGACCCAUGCAGGUCAUGGUUCCCACUACCUCCCUUCAGCCUCCAGUGACUCCCUGACCUUUGACGGUAGUCUGCGGCUCUCCAACGGCUCCUGUAUCAGUAGCUCUGUGAGUUCCCUGGACUCUGUGGCCAGCAAGGGGACUGACACCAGCAGCGACAGCCAGCGCACAGAGCCUACGCCAUACAGAGACCACCCACCGGCCAACAAGAACAACAGGGCAGAGAGAAGCUGCUACAAUGAGCCAGGGAAGGAUGGGAGGAGUGCUGUGGGAGAGCACCUGGGUCAGGCUGGAUCCAGGAAGGGGAGGAGUGAAGCUCGCAGCAACCAGAGAGAGAAACUGCAGUCGUGUGGAGAUCUAAGCCCAGGUCAACUCACCGUCCCUCCUCCUCAGAGAAGAGCUAAGUCACUGGACCGCAGGACCUCGGAGUCUGUCAUGACUCCUGAUUUGCUGAACUUCAAGAAAGGGUGGAUGAUGAACCUGGAUAAGGAGGAUCAGUGGAGGAAAUACUGGUUUGUGCUAUCAGCUGACAGUCUGAGGUACUACAAGGAUUCCUUCGCAGAGGAGAACUCAGAUCUGGAGGGGGAGAUUGACUUGACCAAGUGUCAUAAUGUCUCAGAGCACCAGGUCCAGAGGAACUAUGGCUUUCAGAUCCAUACCCAGAAGUGUGUCUUUACUCUGUCAGCCAUGACUGCAGGGAUACGGAGAAACUGGAUCCAGGCCCUCAUGAAGAAUGUCCAUCCAUCUAACGCUCCUGAUGUAGCCAGCAGCUUGCCAGUCCAUCACAUCCCUUGCAGCCCAUCAGAGUCACUGCCCCUCCCUAAGCCAGACGUGACCCAGGACUCCUCCCCCUCCUCUGAGGUCCCUACAGAGAGAGUCCAGGGGCCCAAACAGAGCCGCAUCCGUGAGAGGAGACGCGAAGGGCGCUCCAAGACCUUUGACUGGGCUGAGUUCAGCCCGAUGGCCCUGCUAGCCUCUGAGCAGGAGGUGCAGCAGGAGACAAAGGAGCCUCUUCGGAUGGAGGUAGGGGACCUGGAGAGGAAGAGGAGGCGAGAGGAGAGGAGGAGGAGGUAUGACAGCAUGCUCGGCUUCCUUGUGGGCUGGGAGAUGGACUGUGACAGAGGAGGUAUCAGUCCCAGGUCACCCAGGACUCACCAGAGGGUACAGAGGGAGAUUGAACAGUGCUGGCAGCAGGUGGAAAGGACUGCCUUUAGACAGGAGAAGACUGUUCCAUUGUACACUGAGUCCCAGGGCAAGGAUAAAGAGGAUAUGGGGAUUCUGCUGGAGACCUACCACAGGAGGGUAGAAGAGUUGAGGGGCCAGUUGGCAGAGUCAGACCAACGCAGGCUUGAGCUGGAGGCUCAGUUGAGCACUGCAUUAGGACUCCAGCAUCAUGCCUCCCUGCCGCUUGAGGCCCCAAUGUGCCCAGAAGCUGAUCUUCCCUCUUUGAAAAGCCUGACGGACAUGUACAGGGAGACCAGAGAGCUCCUCCAGCAACAGGAGCUGAAGAAACAGGACAUACAGGAGCAGCUCCAGGAGCAGCUUGGCCUGGCCCUGUCAUCGGCCCCUCUGGAGAAACACAGCUCCCCUGGAACUCACCCAUCACCACCACCCAGCAUCUGGCUACAUGACACCGAGGGAAACCUCCAGGGGCUGGAGGAUCUGUUCCCUGACUGCCCUAUAUCAGUAAACACACCUGUCAUGUCACCAACCUCAGACACAGAACUCUCAUCUUACUCUGUGCCUCAGAAUGGAAGUGAGAACAGAGGGCCUAACUUGGGCAGUGAAACUAGCUCUCAGACACAGCUUGAAAAUGGAAGCCAUCGACAGACUUCGAUUCCAGAAUCGCACACAAAAAGUUGUGCAUGGAGCCCAGAUUCACUGAGCAUGGGGGAAACUCAGGAAGGAGCCAACAGCAUGAGAAUAGACAACCUACUAUGCUGUGAGACACCCAGACCCACGGAGGAGUACGUAGACCCAGACCAGGCCAUCGUGAUGAGGAGACUAUCCCAGGAGGUAGAGCUGCUCAGCAGCCAGAACGAGGCCCUCAACCAGCGCAACCAGGAGAUGCUCAACCAGCUGACAGAGGCAGACAGAGAGAUAGAGAGACUGAAAGCAGAGCUUAUCACUCAGUACAGUGGACCUCAGUUCCUCCCUGAGGCAGAGCAGCACAGCCAGACCAAAGUGAAAGGCCUGGAGAAGGAGCUGCGCAGGAGAGAUGAGCAGCUCCAGGAGGCCCAGUCCCUACUAGCCUCAAUGGACCAGCGUCUGAAGGAGACAGAGGUACAGCUCAGGGAGGACACUUUCAAAGACCUGGGCUUCCCAGCAGAAGAGGAUGAUGAUGAUGAUGAAGAGGAGGAAGCUGGGGAAGAGAAUAUCAACACACACCACCUUGGAGAGAAGGAGCAGGAACACCUUCAACAGUGUCUGCAGGUCAUGGAGGCCAAGCAAUUAGAACUAGAGAGACAGCUCCAGCACACAGAACAGACCUGCAGGGAGCUGCAGGCCCACAACACACAACUCAGAGAGGCUGAGUGGUUGUACAGCCAGAGAGCCAUGGAGGCAGAGGCUGACAUCGUAAGGUUUAAUGAGGAAGUAGAGAAGGAAAGGACGGUGGAGAAAGAAAGUGGAUUAAGGUGUAGCAGUGAAGGCAAAUGGCAGGAGGAGGUAAUAUUGGAUUCAGUUGAAGAAAGGGUUCAGCAAGUGAUGGAAGGGAUAAGGUUGAUGUCCAGAACCUUAGGGAGAGUAGUGCAUGUGAUUGACAGGUCAGGUAUGGAUGUGGUAAAGAUGCCAUUAGAUAGAAAGUGUGUGGAGGUGAACAAGACAGUGGUCAGGCAGCUUCAGUUAGAGGAGGAGUUUUGGGGAAGGCUGUUGAACAGUUUGAAGGUCAACCCAUCCCAGUCCAAUGAGGAUAAACUCACAGAUGUGAUUCUAAGUCAGAUUUUAGAACACAUGGUAGUGGAAAAGCAAAUGCUCCUCCUAGCUCAUAGUCUUUUUUCUCAUAAUAAGAAAGAUUUAAACAUAAACACUGGAGGCCUGGAAAGGAUGAAUGGAUGCGGCUCUUUGAGAGACCUGGACAUCAUUGGAAACAUAGCAGGUGAAACAGGUUCAGAAAUGAAAGAGGAAGAUGAUGAUGAGAGGAUAUGGAAUGUGUACAACCAGCAUAAUGACACCGAUGACUUCCGACAUUUCACAGAGAUCACACAGGAGAGAAUUUUCCUGCUCAACCAAAUCGCCUCCUCAGUCGGAGCCUCGGCCAAUGACGAGCUCCAGUCCCUGGCACAAAGACUUUGUCAUUUCCACAAUGUAAAUGAUCCCCGGUUAGCUUCCAUACACUGCACCGCCAUGGAAGCCUUCUCAUCCUAUCGUCUCAGUAGGCUUAACACUCUACACAAGAGCCAAUUUCAAGACACUCAACAGGGACUGCUCAUUGCUUCUUCUCCUUUGAUGUGCAGCAGAUGUGCUGGGCAGCUUGGGGCCAGACGGUCAGACCUGGAGAGACAGGGGAGUUCCUCAGUGGGAUUAGGGUUGACCCCCCUGAGGCAGGGAGAACACAUAGACUCACAGCAAACAGCCACACAGCUACUAGACACUGCAAGUGAGCAGAAGACAGAGAUGCCUGCAAUGAAUGCUACAUGUAAAAUGGAUGUGGAAAGCCCAAACCACGGAGUGACUGCAGUAGAGGAAGUGUGCUGGGUUAGAAGGUCUGCAGAAGUGGUGGAGGAUGACUUCCUGCCCAACAGCAUUGAGAGUCCAAUGAUAAAGGUAGAGAGUAGGGUAGAUGAGGUAGAGAGUAGGGUAGAUGAGGUAGAGAGUAGGGUAGAUGAGGUAGAGAAAGGAAUCCAGGAAGUUGAUACUGAUAAGGAUGUAGAGGAGAGGAACACUACUGAACCCCAUGAAGAAGCAAACACUCUGGGGGAGGAGGAGCUGGAGAUUGUGUUAUCAUCACUGAGAGGUCAUGUGAAGGAUCUGGAGGAACAGCUGUCUGUCAUGGCCAACAUGAAAGCAGAGCAUGAUGGAAGAAUGGCAUCUCUCCAGCUGAAACAUAAAGAGGACAUAGAAAAGCUAAAGGCCACAUAUGAGCAUGGCUUUGUCACCAUGGAGGAGUCCCUGCAGAGGAUCGUGGGGGAACUGCAGCACAGACACCAGCAGGACCUGCAGCGCCUGCAGUUAGACACAGACAGACUGCUGGAGGAGGAGACGGCUGCUACUAUCACAGCAAUUGAAGCAAUAAAGAACGCUCACCGUGCUGAAGUCAAGAGAGAGAUACAGAGGGCAUGCCAUGAAAACAACAAUGCAGGAGACGUGAAUCUUGGAGAAAUAUGCAGGCAACACAGUGAGGAGCUGGUCUCCUGUCACAGGGAGCUGGAGGUGUUGUCCCAGCAGUACUCUCUGAAGUGUCUGGAGAGCUCCCACCUGGGCCAGGCCCUGGAGGCAGAGAGACAGGCCCUGUGUCAGUGUCAGCAGGAGAACCAGGACCUCAGAACACGCAACCAGGAGCUGAGUGGCCAUCUUGCUGCAGAGAUCACCAGACUUUGCUCUCUGGCCAAGCAGGACACCUUCCCUCUUAGUCAGGAGAGAGAUGUGUAUGAGCUGGAGAUCUCCCUGCGUGUGAAGGAGUCAGAGGUGCAGUGCCUCAAGCAGAAGAUCACCUCGCUCAAGGAUGAACUCCAGACAGCCCACAGGGAUAAGAGGUAUGCAACAGAGACGUACAAGGACAUCUACACAGAGCUAAGCAUCAUGAGAGCCAAGGCAGAGAGAGACCUGGGACAUCUCAGGGAGAACCUGAGGUUGGCCCACAAAGCACUAGGAGAGCUCUCACCUGCAGUGGACACAGAUAAUAAUGGUAUACAUGACAUUAAGCUGGUGGCCCUGCCUUCAGGGAUUCAGAGAUGAACCACUGAUGUGAAAACGACAAGGUGUUGAGUGCUGCCACUCUGAGGCCAAAACCUGCAUGACAGCCAAGUCUCGCUGGAUGUUUCCCCAACCACCUCUGGUUUUGGCAGCAUCACUAGUCUGUAUCGUACAGAUGUCAUUCAUUGCGUAAUACAGACAAUUUGUGAAUAACCUCAUUCUGUUAUGCAUCUUAAUAAUAUUGGAUGUAUCUGAAUCCUCUGACUGUUAUCUGUGCAGUUUGCUGUAGCAUGUCAGUUAGUCCUUUAGAUUUUGAAAAACCCUUGACGUUCUGUCCAUUUCUUACACAAAUGAAAGAAAGAGACUCUAAUUAGAAGUCAUCUUGUACAGUGGUGCAGCAUAACCCUAUAGAGAUCUCCUUUGGGUACACAUUUAAAAAAAUAUAUAUAUAUAUUUAUUUAUUUCACCUUUUUUUAACCAGGUAGGCAAGUUGAGGCCAAGAUAAAGCAAAGCAGUUUGACACAUAUAACAACACAGAGUUACACAUGGAGUAAAACAAACAUACAGUCAAUAAUACAGUAGAAAAAUAAGUCUAUAUACAAUGUGAGCAAAUGAGGUGAGAUAAGGGAGGUAAAGGCAAUAAAUAGGCCAUGGUGGCGAAGCAAAUACAAUAUAGCAAUUAAAACACUGGAAUGGUAGAUUUGACAGUAGAUGAGUGUGCAAAGUAGAAAUACUGGGGUGCAAAGGAGCAAAAUAAAUAAAUACAGUAGGGGAAGAGGUAGUUGUUUGGGCUAUUUAUAGAUGGGCUAUGUACAGGUGCAGUAAUCUGUGAGCUGCUCUGACAGCUGGUGCUUAAAGCUAGUGAGGGAGAUAAGGGUUUCCAGUUUCAGAGAUUUCUGUAGUCAUUGGCAGCAGAGAACUGGAAGGAGAGGCGGCCAAAGGGGGAAUUGGCUUUGGGGAUGACAAGUGAGAUAUACCUGCUGGAACGCGUGCUACGGGUGGGUGCUGCUAUGGUGACCAGUGAGCUGAGAUAAGGUGGGGCUUUACCUAGCAGAGACUUGUAGAUGACCAGGAGCCAGUGGGUUUGGCGACGAGUAUGAAGCGAGGGCCAGCCAACAAGAGCAUACAGGUCGCAGUGGUAGGUAGUAUAUGGGGCUUUGGUGACAAAACGGAUGGCACUGUGAUAGACUGCAUCCAAUUUGUUGAGUAGGGUGUUGGAGGCUAUUUUGUAAAUGACAUCGCCGAAGUCGAGGAUCGGUAAGAUGGUCAGUUUUACUAGGGUAUGUUUGGCAGCAUGGGUGAAGGAUGCUUUGUUUGCGAAAUAGGAAGCCAAUUCAAGAUUUAACUUUGGAUUGGAGAUGUUUUAUAUGAGUCUGGAAGGAGAAUUUACAGUCUAACCAGACACCUUGGUAUUUGUAGUUGUCCACAUAUUCUAAGUCAGAACCGUCCAGAGUAGUGAUGCUGGACCGGCGGGCAGGUACAGGCAGCGAUCGGUUGAGGAGCAUGCAUUUAGUUUUACUUGUAUUUAUGAAUACGGCUGCACAAUGAAUACGGCUGCACAGUAUUGUUUCUUAUCGAUGGCGGUUAAGAUAUCGUUGAGGACCUUGAGCGUGGAUGAGGUGCACCCAUCACCAGCUCUGAAACCAGAUUGCAUAGCGGAGAAGGUACGGUGGGAUUCAAAAUGGUCGGUGAUGUGUUUGUUAACUUGGCUUUCGAAGACCUUAGAAAGGCAGGGUAGGAUAGAUAUAGGUCUGUAGCAGUUUGGGUCAAGAGUGUCCCCUCCUUUGAAGAGGGGGAUGACUGCAGCUGCUUUCCAAUCUUUGGGAAUCUCAGAUGACAUGAAAGAGAGGUUGAACAGGCUAGUAAUAAGGGUUGCAACAAUUUCGGCAGAUAAUUUUAGAAAGAAAGGGUCCAUAUUGUCUAGCCCGGCUGAUUUGUGGGGGUCCAGAUUUUGCAGCUCUUUCAGAACAUCAGCUGACUGGAUUUGGGAGAAGGAGACAUGGGGAAGGCUUGGGCGAGUUGCUGUGGGGGGUACAGUGCUGUUGACAGGAGUAGGGGUAGCCAGGUGGAAGGCAUGGCCAGCUGAGGAAAAAUGCUUAUUGAAAUUCUCAAUUAUAGUGGUGGUGACAGAGUUUCCUAUCCUCAGUGCAGUGGGCAGCUGGGAGGAGGUGCCCUUAUUCUACAUGGACUUUACAAUGUAAAGGGGCAGCAGGGUAGCCUAGUGGUUAGAGCGGUAGACUAGCAACCGGAAGGUUGCAAGUUCAAAUCCCUGAGCUGUUAUUCUGCCCCUGUUCCUAGGCUGUCAUUGAAAAUAAGAAUUUGUUCUUAACAGACUUGCCUAGUUAAAUAAAGGUAAAGUAAAUAAAAAAUGUCCCACAACUUUCUGUGUUGCAGGAAGCAAAUUUCUGCUUGAAAAAGCUAGUCUUGGCUUUUCUAACUACCUGUGUAUAUUGGUUUCUAACUUCCCUGAAAAGUUGCAAUUCACGGGGUCUGUUCGAUGCUAAUGCAGAACGCCACAGGAUGUUUUUGUGUUGGUUAAGGGCAGUCAGGUCUGUAAAGAACCAAGGGCUGUAUCUAUCCCUGGUUCUAAAUUUCUUGAAUGAGGCAUGCUUAUUUAAGAUGGUGAGGAAGGCAUUUUUAAAGAAUAACCAGGCAUCCUUUACUGACAGGAUGAGGUCAAUAUCCUUCCAGGAUACCCGGGCCAGGUCAAUUAGAAAGGCCUGCUCGCUGAAGUGUUUCAGGGAGCGUUUGAUAGUGAUGAGUGGAGGUCGUUUGACCGCUGACCCAUUACGGAUGCAGGCAAUGAGGCAGUGAUCGCUGAGAUCUUGGUUGAAAACAGCAGAGGUGAAUUUAGAGGGCAAGUUGGUUAGGAUGAUAUCCAUGAGGGUGCCCGUGUUUACGGCUUUGGGUUUGUACCUGGUAGGUUCAUGAAUAAUUUGUGUGAGAUUGAGGGCAUCAAGCUUAGAUUGUAGGAUGGCUGGGGUGUUAAGCAUGUCACAGUUUAGGUCACCUAGCAGCACGAGCUCUGAAGAUAGAUGGGGGGCAAUCAGUUCACAUAUGGUGUCCAGAGCACAGCUGGGGGCAGAGGGUGGUCUAUAGCAGGCGGCAACGGUUACAGACUUGUUUUUAGAGAGGUUGAUUUUUAAAAGUAGUUCAAAUUGUUUGGGUACAGACCUGGAUAUUAGGACAGAACUCUGCAGGCUACCUCUGCAGUAGAUUGCAACACCGCCCCCUUUGGCCGUCCUAUCUUGUCUUUGUCACAUGUAUAAUAAAUAUCUGAAACAUCUGUUUUGCCCUUUCAUGGGCCUUUACAUUGUCUCUUAGGGGUCUGGUUGUCCGUUAUUCUUCCUCAUACAUGCACUUUGACCUCUCAAUACUGGAGCCAACUAGUUGGUUUUAUUCCUUAUACUGGAGGCAAGUAAUGGUUUUAAUCCUUAUACUGGAGGCAACUAAUGGUUUUAAUCCUUAUACUGAAGGCAAAUAUUGGUUUUCAUCCUUCUUUCAUCCAUCAUAUACUCCCUAGUUCUGUUAGGCUGAAUAAUAGAACGGACUGUCCUGGUAAUGUAGCCAACAUUUUGGGCUGCACCUUGUGAAUAAUCUUCUACAAAUUCAGUGAAUGGUGUAAUGUUCUUGUAUUUUCUGCAUGUCUGCGAAAUGUAGGAAUGUCAACGAAAAAAAUACUAUGCAAUGCCAGUAUUAGAAAAGCUGUUGGUGAUUCUUUAUGUGGCCUGACAGUAAUACAUUUUGAAAGACAAGCUUUACCAUUAUGACUUAAUAGUCACGAUGCUGGAUCUGAUUUGUUUCUUUCUCCGUAGAGUGUCAAGGAAGAUAACUGCAGCUGAACAAAGAGACACAACGCACAACAUGGAUUGUUCAUCGGUCUAUCCAUGUUUACACCAUUAAGCACUUAGAGAUCCAAAGUUAUAUUGUCAAACAUUUUAUGUCCUAUCUACCGUUACUGUACUACAGAAUUUUAAAAGCGCAUUAUUUGAGGAUUCUGUAUUUUUACAUCAUUUUAUCUAAACGCACACUACUAUUUAGUCUGUCUACGUUUGUCGAUAGGCUAGACAUUUUGUAGACGUUUUCCUGACGAUUAACAUUUAUCUCAAGGCGUUUGUAAAAUGUGUAGAAUUAUUACACUGCUAUGUCCAAUCCAGUUAUUGAAAGGGGAUAUUUCUAAAAACAACUCAGAUUAAGUUUGAUUUUCUUACCUGUGAAAUACAUGAACAAGUAUGAAUGUACCGUCUGAGUCUAUAAUGUAAAAGUAUUAUUUGUUUGUGAGUGGAUGGUUUUAUUUGGAGGCGUUUAUCUUGAUCCUGCUAGUACACAUUUUGAUGUUCUUUAUUCAUGUCAAGUAAUCUGAUGAUACAUUAAAUGGAUUUAUUUU